AUGAAGAAAGCAGAGUUGGUGUUCAUCCCCUUCCCGGGUUGGAGCCACAUUGUAAUGACCUUCGAGAUUUCCAAAUUUCUUGUGAAACAAGACGAACGACUUUCUAUUACUGUGGUCCUCACCAAGUCACCUUUUGAUUCCAAGGUUGGAACCUUUAUCGACUCGCUUCAUUCUUCCUCCUCCAAGCCAGAUGGUAUUAACCUCAUCCUUCUCCCAGAAAACAACAUCUUAAGUUCAGAGAUCGAGCCGAGUAUCAUCAUGGGCAAGUUCAUGGAGUAUCAGAAACUCCAUGUCAAAGAAGCUGUCACCAAACUGAUGCGAUCAAACGGCGACUCUCCCGGCCGCAUCGCCGGAUUGGUCAUCGACAUGCUCUGCUCGCAGAUUAUGGACGUAGCCGACGAACUUGGGAUUCCUAAGUAUUCAUUUUUCCCUUCGUGUGCCGGGUCUCUAGGUGUUUAUCUCCAUCUCCUAACACUCUACCACGAGCUUAACGUAGACCUCACCAAGUUCAAGAACGACAGGGUUACCGAGUUGCACAUGCCGUGUUUCACCAAUCCGAUACCAGCCGGAGUCUUGCCGGAUGUGGUUUUGGAUAAGGCUGGCGCCGAGUUGAUUCUAAAUCAUGCUAAACGAAUCAGAGAAACCAAAGGUGUUAUCAUGAACACGUUCAUCGAGUUGGAAACUCAGACUAUCCAAACCUUAUCCAGCGACCUCCCGCCCUUGUAUCCAGUGGGACCAAUACUGAACAUGAUAUUGAGCGGUGAUAGCCUGUUGAAGUCAAAAGGGGCCCACAAGAACUCCGACAUAAUCAAUUGGCUUGACGACCAGCCCCCAUUAUCGGUGGUGUUCUUAUGCUUUGGCAGUUUGGGAGAGUUCAGUAAAGAACAGCUGAAAGAGAUAGCCGAUGCUCUCCAAAAUUGUGGGUUUCGAUUCAUUUGGUCUCUUCGACAGGCCCAAAAAGAUGACAUCACAGGGUUAACAGAAUUCACAUAUCCAAAAGAAGUCUUGCCCAAAGAGUUUUUCGAUCGUACUGCUGGGAUUGGAAAAGUCAUAGGUUGGGCCCCACAGUUGGCAAUCCUGUCCCAUCCAUCGGUAGGCGGGUUCGUAACCCAUUGCGGUUGGAAUUCUAUGCUGGAGAGCUUGAGUUUCGGAGUCCCAGUUGCUGCUUGGCCUCUAUAUGCUGAUCAUGGUCCCAUUGCGUUUCAAAUGGUGAGAGAACUGGGAUUAGGAGCUGAGAUCAAGCUCGAUUACAGGUUGAAAUGUGAUUAUAACAUCCACGACGAGGAUGUCAUUGUGACUGCAAAAGAGAUCGAGGAAGCAAUAAGGAAGGUAAUGGAAGCUGAGAGUGAGAUGAGGAAGAGGGUCAAAGAUAUGAGUGAAAAGUGCAAAAAGACCUUAUUGCUUGGUGGCUCAUCUUACUUUUCCAUACGCCGUCUGAUCAAUGAUGUAAUAAACAAUAUCCCUUAG